AUGUCUUCUAUUGCCUCUAUUCAAGAAAGUGUGGCAAAAAGCGGUUUAAAAAGACGGAGAGACAACAUUCUUGAACAUGACAGAACGAUUAAAAAACGCAAAGAUUCAAAAAACAAUUCGGAGAAUGAAGACACUGAUUUUAUGGAACAGAAAGAACCCUUGAUGUUCCAGCAUGAUCAUCUGCCACAGGGUUACGCGAUUCCAAAACAGCAGGAGCGGUUGUUGUUGCACGGUAAAAGGCAACGCUAUGAGCUCGACCACACCUAUCAGAUACCAGAACCCAAUCCGGGAGAUGAAGUUCUUGUCAAGGUCCAAUACAUAGGUCUCAAUCCAAUUGACUGGAAAGCACCGGAUUUUGGCUUUGGAAUUCCGUGGCUUCCAUACAUUGCUGGUAGAGAAUUCGUUGGGCAAGUUGUUGCCACACCGUUGACGUCAAACAGCACGUCUGCUAGGAAAAUUAGGUUAGGCGACAUUGUAUUAUCUGCAUCAACAGACUACCGAGAUCGAAGAAAAGCUGCCUUCCAGGAGCUCACAGUUGCACCGACCUUCAACCUCUGCAGGGUCCCUACGAGCAUCGGAGAUAAGAGUCGGGUCGCCGGGCUCGGUGUCGCUUUUGUCGCUGCGGCAUUAACAUUAGGUGUAUGUCUGGGUGUUGAUUUCGAGCGCUUGGUUGGUGAUGUCCCACGCGGACCAAAUCUAAAGGCAAUUUUGAAGUCUGUACCAGUCGACGCAAUCCCAAUCGACGUAAGGGCGGAAUCUUUCAGCAAUAUCGUGAGCUCUGAGCGUCCAGUAGCAGGAGAUUGGCUUGUCAUUUGGGGUGGGUCCUCUGCGACAGCGUGCGUUCUCGCACAACUGGCAAAGCAUUCGGGCCUGCGCGUCAUCAAGGUAGUCGAUGUUGCAAAACACGGAGCUCGUCUUUCAGAAGGACCAGCAGAUUUAAUUGUUGACGCAUAUGAUACGAACAGAGCAGUCGAUAUUAUUCGCCAAGUGACCAAGGGCAAACUUCGCUUUGGCGUCGAUACUGUUGGAACGCCGACGGCCACGCUUCUACAACAGGCGCUUUGCUGCAGCGAAAAAAGUUUAAGUUCGCAUCUUGUUGGUUUGACAGGUUUGCCGAAUGAUCCUAUGACAGGUGUCACUCAGCAUAUAGUGCCGAUCAAACUCCAUCAUGAAGUUCCGGCUAUUGGAGAAGCAAUGAUGGUCUGGUUAGAGAAACUGCUUGCAAGUGGCAACAUUCUUCCUCCAGAAGUUGAAGUCCUGGGCGGCGGUUUGAGUGCGGUCAAUGAAGGUCUUGAUCGCAUGAGAAGAGGAGAGAUUUCUGGACGAAGGCUAGCGGUACACUUGGCUUGA